GUUGAUUCCCGUACGUGAAUUCGCAUGCAACAUCAUAGACGGCACAUUGCAAGACACCGGGCAUCCCAGGAGCGGGUCCAUAAUCAAAGGUCGCUAUCGAUUCAUUCGAACGUGCUCUACUACAUCUAUCCCCACCUUCGACUAUGGCUACCGAUUCACAAGUAUGGUUCAUUACUGGAGCGUCAUCGGGUUUCGGCCGGCAUAUGACUGAACUGGUGCUGAAGAAAGGACAUAAGGCAGCUGCGACACUUCGAAAGCCAGAGGUCGUCGCGGAUCUCGCGGCACAAUACGGCUCAGACAGAGUCCUUGUUUUGAAGCUUGACGUCUCGUCAGCACACGAGAUCAAGGAGGCAUUCGGAGCAGCGGUGGAUCAUUUCGGACGUAUCGACGUGGUGUUCAGCAAUGCUGGGCACAAAGUCGAGCACGCACCCGAGGACAUGGCACGGGAGAUGUUCGAGACGAAUUUCUGGGGUUCCGUGAACGUUGCAAAGGAAACACUGCGCGUAUUCCGCGACGUGAACAAAACGGCCGGGGGGCACCUUCUGCAGGUCUCUUCUUCCUCCGCUAUACAAGGCUUCCCGGCUUUUGGCUUCUACAGCGCGACGAAGCAUGGUGUCAUAGAAGCGCUGGCAGGAGAGCUUGAUCCGGGAUGGAAUGUCAAGAUCACCCUCAUAGAACCGGGAGCUUUCCGCACCGGAGCUGUCAGCACGAACUUGCCAAGUGUGCCUCUGCAAGGACCUUACGCAAAACCCAACUCGAUGCCUGCAGUGGUCCGUUCCAUCAUCAAUGAAGAGAAUUUCAAGCAGCUUCCGCAUCCUACCCAUGCCGUGGCGGCGAUGUAUAAGUUGACGACCAUCCCCGACCCACCGCUUCAUUUACCCCUAGGCCAGCAGGGAAUCGACAUCGUGAAAAGAAAGCUUACCAGCAUGCUGGCGGAGACCGACAAAUUCGCAUCGUGGUCGGAUGGAAUGGGGGUUGACGAGGUUCAAUUCUGAAGUCGGUAACGUGAUUCGAAGGCUUGCGAUCAUACUAUGGUGAAUCGUCGUUCCAACUGCAAUCUAUCUAUAGUGCGC